AUGGCUUAUAGUGAUCUACGCGGGGAAAGCGGGGAACAGAGUGGUAAUUUGAAUGGUGGAAAUAGUGGCAGUAAUAGUAGUAAUCUCAACAACACCAGCAAAACCACAACGACAACCCCUACGCAUCUCCAGUCGAGGAAGAUCAUGGAGUGGUUGCUAGCAGGUGGAAUCAGUGGUGCAGCUUCCCGCACAGCUGUUAGUCCAAUGGAGAGGCUCAAGAUACUUCAACAAGUCCAGUCGAAUUCAGAGUACACUCGAUUCUGGCCCUCACUUUUGAAGAUGUACACAGAAGAAGGUUUCAAAGGCUUCUACCGCGGCAACUAUCUCAACUGUCUGCGCAUAUUCCCCUACUCAGGAAUACAAUUCUCUACAUACGAGGUUGUCAAGGUCUUUCUCGGCGGCGGGAGGAAAGACGCACAUCUGAGUAAUCUAGAGAGAUUAUCAGCAGGUGCAAUAGCAGGCUGUGCAUCAGUUACUGCUACAUACCCACUAGAUCUCGUCCGCUCGAGACUAUCGAUCGCAACUGCCAGUCUCGGUCUCGAAUCAUCGCGCCGUGAUGCUCAAUUAGGCAUUUUGGGCAUGGGAAAGAAGGUCUACUAUGAAGAGGGUGGUAUUAGAGCACUCUAUCGUGGCUCAGUGGUGUCAUGUGCCGGUAUCGCUCCUUAUGUCGGCUGCUCAUUCGCUAUAUACGAAGCACUCAAGCCUUAUGUGCCUGUAGAAAGUAAUCGCUGUAUGACGCUACUUAUUGGCGCCGUUUCUGGAACGAUAUCUCAGACAAUCACAUACCCCUGCGACGUCCUCAGACGGAAGAUGCAAGUUAAUGGUAUAUUCGGACUCAAAUACGACGGAUCGAUCGAUGCUGUGAGACAUAUUGUCAAAUCAGAGGGUGUCAAGGGCUUAUAUAGAGGUAUAGUUGCCAAUUGGAUGAAAGGUGGGUCACAGUGA